CAAAAACUCAAUUGAGACUCUAAUUUGAGAGCCUUCUCAUAAUUCUAACUAUGAGAUCUUUCCGGCGCCGCACCAGCUUUCUCAGAGCGUCCCUCUCAGCAGCAGGCAAACUUCCGAAGCAAACUGUUUCUUCCUGAUCGGCCAUGGGUCCAUUUGCGAAUUGCUUUGGAAGACCCCGGAUAUCAGCGGAGUUGCCCGCUGUUGAUGACAGCAGUGAGAAGGAGCCAAAAUUGGAUACCGAGAAGUGUCGUCAUCAAGCUGGCUGGGAGAAAAGCGACGAUGAGAGGCCAGCAUGGGACGCACCAAGCUGCCCUUUCAAGCACGGGACUGUCACAGUUACACCCUAUCCAGGUUUUGUUCAUGGAAAGAACCCUGCAGUCUGUUCGUCUGGCUGCAAGCCAGUCGUUGACCUGCUCGAGACGCCGAAGGAGAAGCUCGUCUGCGAGGCGCUAGAAUUCCAGGAACUGUACCACCACGAGAAGCAGUCCCCGAAGGACGUCAAGGCCCGAAGAGUGCUUGAGAUCCUUGCCAGCAUCGACAAGGAGGGGACCUAUUCACACACGACGGACGAACUGGAGCAUGGUGUGCGUGUUGCCUGGAGGAACGCGCCCAAAUGCUCCAACCGGAAGUACUGGAGCACUCUGCGGCUGCUAGACAAGCGCCACGUGUCGACAGCAGAGGGCAUGAACGAGGCGUGUCUGGAGAUGAUGGACCUCGCCGUGAGCAGCGGGGCCGCCGAGGUUUACGUCACCGUCUUCCGUCCGGAGCAUCCGCUGACGAAGCAGGGGGGGCCGCGGGUGUGGAAUUUGCAGCUGAUGCGGUUUGCAGGCUAUCGGCAACCGGAUAUGGAGGUCAAGGGGGAUCCCUCCGAGCUGGCAUUCACCGAGAUGUUGACGCGGCAUUUCGGCUGGAAGGGCGAAGGCACCAAUUUCGACAUCUUGCCCCUUGUCCUCCAACCGAGCCCAGACAAAAAACCUGAGCUGUUCGAGGUGUCCCCCCAGUACGUGCCCCUGGUGCCGCUAACCCACCCUAACCACCCAUGGUUUGGGGGCCUGGGGCUCCGCUGGUACGGAAUCCCCUGCGUUUCAGACAUGCAGCUCACGCUCGGGGGGCUGAAGUACACCGGGGCGCCGUUCACUGGCUGGUACGCGGACACGGAGAUCAUUCGCAACCUGAGCGACGAGUCGCGCUACAACGUGUUGCCAAUUAUCGCAAACCAUCUGGGGUUAGCAGUUAACGACAACUCUAGCCUGUGGAAGGACGCGGCGCUCCUGGCGCUCAACCAGGCGAUCUUAUACAGCUGGCAAAGAGCCGGCAUCGCAAUGACAGACCACCACACGCUGAUGGAGCAGUUCUGGAAGUGGCACCAUGACGAAAAGGCCGCGCGGGGCUACACGCCCACCAACUGGAAGUGGAUCAUUCCCCCGGUCGCUGCGUCCACGAGCAAGUGCUAUCUCGGCCUGUCGAAAGCGACCGAGUACACUCUCCAGCCUGCUUACAUUCGAUCGCCGAAAUUCAAAGUCUACGCUCGCGAGUGGUUCGGGGGGAGGUUUGAGUACUCGCCAGGGGCCCCGUUGCGCCCCGCGUUCCUGAACCCGUACGUGUGCCGCUUCCUGGGGCGCUGCAAGGCGCGCGUCGCGGCCGCGCGGCCGCGCGCCGUGGUGAUGUACGCGAGCAUGACGGGGACCGCGCGCGAGUUCGCCCUGAGAACAAGUAGCGCGCUGGGAAGCGCGUUCGAUGUCACCACAAUCAGCAUCGAGGAGUUCUCGACCGUUGACUUGGCUUCCGCCAACCUGCUAUUGCUGCUGAUCUCCACUUGCGGUUCGGGAUCACUGCCGACGUCAGCACUGAAGUUUCUCGACUGGGCUGCUGCUCACGGGGGCAGCCCAAAGUCCCCUGUCGCUGGGCUGAGGUUCUCCGUCUUUGGGCUCGGCAGCCGCGCGUACCCGCGCUUCUGCGCGGCCGCGGACACCGUGCACGCGGCCGCGCGCGCGGCAGGAGGCGCGUCGUUGACGUCAGUGGGCAGAGGGGAUCAGAUGGGCGAUCGAGACUCUGCCUUCUCUCACUGGAUGAGACGCACGGUGGAGAGCUUUGCAUCGGCGGUCAAGCCUAAGUACGAGAGGGCGACCAGUUGCGUCCUCGCCCAGUUGGAGGAGCGGUCGCCCCCCAAUCCGUCUUUCACGUGCCGCUACCAAAUAGUGCCUCUGGCCGGUUCACAACGGAUCGCGCCCGUGGCCGACGGCUUCCUGACGGCGCGAGUGCUGACGUGCGAGGAACUCCUCCCAAAGAGUCCGGAAGGCCGCUCCAGCAAACUCAUCGGGCUGGAUCUCUCGGGCGCUCCGGAGGCCUUGUACGAGCCAGGUGAUCACGUCAGCGUACUGCCCACCAACAACCACGUGGACCGCGUAGCGCUCGCGCGCUUUGCCGCGCACUUUAGCAUCCCGCUCUCCCAGCCGUUCGAUCUGGAGCCGCUCUUUGUGGACGGUCCGAUGGGCGGGGCUCCACCGUACCCCUUGCCAAACACCCUCUGGAACUUGCUCACGAGACACGUGGCACUUCUUGCGCCCGUCCGCUUUGAGGCGCUUGCGCCCCUCUCAAAGUAUGCGGGACAAAAAGUUCAGAUUGACAUUCUCGCCGAGCUUGGGGGCGACGAACAGCUGUUUGACACUUGGAACGACAGCCGCCAGACAAGGUGGCUCGACAUCUUCGACCUCUUCGCAUCCCUCUCCCAAAACCUGCCCGUGGAAGUGUUCCUACAGCUCGCGCCGCCGAUCCACGCGCGCCACUACAGCGUCGCGAGCAGCGCGCUCGCUUCUCCGGGAGAAGCUCAUUUACUGUGCGGAAAGACGGCGUGGAGCGCCCCCGGCGGCGGCAGACGAACCGGGAGCUGCUCGGGCUAUCUGACGGAAGGCGUACAACCCGGAGAUGACGUCAGAAUGCAGAUUCUGAAGGUGUCCAGCUUCAAGCUACCUUUGAACUCCCAGCACCCGGUUAUUAUGGUCGCGGCCGGCACAGGGUUUGCUCCCCUUCGAGGGUUCCUGCUGCAGCGGUCGGUUCUAGCCAACCGGGCACGGGGCGUCGGUCCUUGCGCGCUUCUGUACGGCUGCCGCAGCGAAGAAGAGGACCUAUCCAGAAAAGAGUGCAAUACCGCGGCCGCGGCAGGCGCGCUGUCGUUCCGCUCGGUGGCUUUUUCCAGGGACCGGAAUCACCCCAAAGAGUACGUGCAGGACAAACUGCGGCAGUGCGCGGAGCGUCUCGCUCCUCUUUUGGAGAACCCAAACUGCCACGUGUACGUCUGCGGGAGCUCGCGCAUGGCCGACGGAGUCGCGGCCGCGUUUCGAUUUCUUCUGGGACCCAAAAGAUUCGGCGCGAUGGCGUCAUCGGGCCGCUACCACGAGGAGGUAUUCAGCACGAUGGAGCCUACCGGUCCAAAUGGAACAUGACCAGACGAAAAGCAACGGCAGAACCUACACUCGAAUCAGCGCAAGCUUAGCUACCGGUACCUAGCUCGAUCACGAACCACGCCUACUUUAAGGUAAUCGGUAGAGAAGACGCGACGGGAGCGCUCUGCAUGACCAUGAUCAAGUCUCGGUUAUGCAAUGGGGCUGAAAGGGCCCACUGUGCGGUACAGGCGCGCUCGUUUCGUCUUACAAGAUGGUUGCUUUGUGUUCUCCCUAAGUUCCUGAGGGUCUAAGAUGAGAAAACUUCUGCCAGAAACCAGAAAUCACUCAGUCAGGUAGGUAGGCGAAAUCGCUCAGUGAGGUAGGUAAGAAAUGAGUUUGUACAUCAAGCAGCCAUCACGACAUGUGUUGGUCGCACUAGCGGGAUUACGGUCAGUAAGUUGCACGAGGAUCCGGUUUUGGGUAGAUUAAUGCGGCUCAUAACUCCGUGGUAGGUAACUCCCGUCGUGGCUUU